AUGGCAGGACUUGGAGUGGUAUUACUGGCGUCCCUCUGUCUUCUACCGACUCUGCACACCAUCACACCAACCCUCCAAAGACUCUCCACCGCCACUAGACCUUCGCCCAGCCGGCCUGGAGAAAUAUGGACCAACUGCAGUGAGGUAGGAGACCCGGUGGACAUAAAGAGUGUAUCCAUCUACCCGUACCCUCCCAAGAUGGGACAUCGCGUGUCUCUGCUGGUUGAUCUGACACUCACUAUUGCUAGAGAGUGCAACGAAAACCGAUCUCUUUGUCAUCUAGAGGAGAAUGUCACUAAUGGUUCAGUGUCCGCUGAGCUAAAGUAUGGGAUCAUAACUGUGUUCAGUAAGACGUGGGGUAUGUGUGAGUUUGCCAAGACGCAGGACUGGCCCUGCCCCCUCUCUCCCGGGGCCCUCCAAGUCAAGUUCAACACCACUAUCCCACCGUUAGUAGCUCAUGGGCGGGUGACUUGGAGGGGAUAUGCCAAGGACCAGAAUGGACUGGAGCUCGUGUGUGUGGCAAUGGACUUCCAGAUAUGA